AUGAGUUCCGAGAAUAACAGCAAAUCAGGAUCGAAAGAAAUUUCUAAAACAGAGAUUCCAAAAAUGGAUUUGGCGAAAGUCGACCCGAAAUGUGCGGAAUGGAUGGAUGAUUGCAUCAAAAGACUCAACACACUUUAUAACAAUAAAGAUGGUGCAAAUAUUUGUAAUGUGAUGUCUGGACACGAAAUCAUUGCAAUUAUUCGACUCGUGGAGCACAUUUUUAUGGAUGAGAGCAAUCUUUGUGAAGCAGAAGCGCCUAUCAAAGUUGUCGGGGACAUUCAUGCCCAAUUCCAAGAUCUCAAUCGUCUUUUCGAUUUGAUCGGAAGAGUUCCCGAGGAAAAACUCAUGUUCUUGGGUGACUACGUCGAUCGUGGACCACAAGGAAUCGAAGUUGUUAUGCUCCUUUUCUGCCUCAAGAUCCGUUAUCGAGACCGUAUUUACUUGUUGCGCGGAAAUCAUGAAACACCUUCAGUCAACAAGAUUUAUGGGUUCUACGUGGAGUGUCAAGUGAAGUAUGGCGUCGGAAUCUGGUGGGAUUUCCAGUCUUGUUUCAAUCGUAUGCCAAUGGCUGGAUUGAUAUCGAAGAAAGUGUUGUGUAUGCACGGAGGAUUGUCUCCUGAACUUGUUAAUCUCGACACCAUCAGAAAUAUUCCACGUCCAUGUGAACCACUGGAUCGAGGAUUGCUCAUUGACUUGUUGUGGUCGGAUCCGACAAACAAGGGAGAUGGAUGGUUCCAUUCUAUUAGAGGAAUCAGUUACAUGUUUGGAAAAGGAGUCGUUGAGCAAGCAUGUAAAACAAUGGAAAUCGAUCUCAUAAUUCGUGCGCAUCAAGUUGUUCAAGAUGGAUAUGAAAUGAUGACAGGACGUCGUUUGAUUACUGUAUUCUCGGUUCCAAACUAUUGUGCUCAGUUCACAAACGCAGCCGCAGUGGUUUGUCUCAACGCGAACUUGGAGAUUUCAUUCCAACAAAUGAUGCCUGGACCACUUCCAGCAACUGCCAAAGCAAAAGCAGCUCCCGCGAUUGCAAACGAUCUGAACACGGAUGCUGCGAAAGCUGAUAAGGAAUUCAUUAAGGCGUUUAUUAAAGUUUGA